AUGUUGAGCGGAAUUGGUUGGUUGAAUUUAGUCAACUGUCAGCUCCACUCCAGCCUUUGCCUUGCCAACAAACACUCCGGCAUCGAGGACGCCUUGCCUCAGGAACAGUCCGAUGGGAUAAGCCUGCAUUUUGGAAGGCAUUCUCACCUUGGGCCCUCCAACCCCUGGGGAAUGGUUGAUUCCAACCAAGUCUUUUUAGGCUUUAGUCCCCAGCGACUCGGACAGCCCCUGCAGGUUGUUACGCUGCUGUCAGGUAUUCCUUACGAUGGUUCGUCUCAUGUUCCUGUGCUGGAACAGCUCUUUUCGCCUCGUUUUGAGUUGUCCUCCAAAUUGGGUUUCUAUCCUGCCAAAAUGCUUUGUAAUUGCGAACUGAUCAGCAAGGUGGUUACCCUUUGCCUGUUUGAGUCCUUGUUUUGGCAUACGAGUACCUCCUUUAUCGCCUCAUAUGAUUGGCUGAUUCAAAGCGGAGGGACGGCCACCGCUGGAAUUUAUAUCGGAAAGAGCGCAAUUAACCGUACAUUGAUCUUCUUCCACAACGUAAUGGAUCGAAGAAGAUAUAUGGGUCAUCUUCUCGAUCAAGUAGGUGUCGAAUACUCGGAGACGCAGAAUUAUAUCUACGCUGCCGGCUUUUUCACAAAACAUCUCUUUUGCUGGCUAUUUAGUCGGGCCUGGAGAUGCUCAAGCCAUACAGACCCGAUUGGAAAGAAGGUACUGCGGAAUUGCGGAAUUGCGGAAUGGCCCCCAGCACUGCCUAUUUCCCCCGGAGUUUUGGACGAAUGGAGAGUCAAAGACAACCUUCCAAUAGAGGCUUAUUCUCAACCAAGUUCUCAACUUCUCCUAACUGGAGAUCAGGAUUCGGCUAGCUAUUGCGGCUUUUAUGAUGUAUCGGAGCCUUCCACGUCUGCGAACGAUCCUAUCAUCGGAUUCAGUCUUCUCCCAACUUAUCAUUUGGUUGAAAAACAGAGUGCUGGAUCCAGAAUUCAGUUGUCCACAUGGAAGUUUGAAUACAUUUUGAAACUCUCCCUGAGUCUGCGAUCCCGAAUAUGUGCGCAGAGACUACCUAAUCAUGUUAUGAUACCGUUGACUGUUGGCUUCGGCAAACCUAUUUGGGUUCCCAGUUCACGUUUGCUGGGCAGCGAGAAGUUGUUCAACGUUCGCGAAGAAAUUCUAUUGGCUCGACUGAAUUGCCUUCUCCACCGAAGAUGCAAAACUGAAACCAUCAGAGAAGGCCGACGUUAUUGCAAACUUAACAACAAAACAAGGGAUCUUGUGGAGAAUAUUUCGAAUACUAUUCCUGCGUUAAGAACGAAUACGAAUCAUAUCCGCGACCUUGAGAUUAAGGAUAUGGAGCUAAAGAAGGUUGCGAAUCUCAAUUCUGACAGGCUGUUCUGUGCAUUGUUGGCUCCUAUUUUGUCCGAUAAUACACGCACUCGCCCGGCGUCGGAAAUCAAGAAACUCACGAUUAAUACAUUGACAGUGUUAGUAGCGUUUUGGGUCAGCGUCGACAAUGAGGAAUGUGGAUGUCAGCAGGCGCCGUCGUCGGUUGCGAUAUCCUCGGCUCCCUAG